ACUGGUGGGUGGCACUGGUGGGCAGCACUGGUGGGUGGGCACAGGUGGGUGGGCACAGGUGGGUGGCACUGGUGGGCACAGGUGGGUGGGCACAGGUGGGUGGCACUGCUGGGCACAGGUAGGUGGCACUUCUGGGCACAGGUGUGUGACACUGCAGAGUGGCACAGGUGGGGGCACUGCUGGGCACAGGUGGGCGGAACUUGCGGGUGGCACUGCUGGGCACCGAUCAUCAGGGCACUGAUCAUCAGUGUCCUGAUGAUCGGUGCCGAUCCCCGCUGUGACAACUGCCGGUUCUCGGCAGUACUUUCCUCACGAUCUGACAGUGUGAGGAAAGUGCAGCCGAGAACCGGCACUUGC